UAGGGCUUGCCUUGCAAGACUUUCAACCUCAGAUGUCUGUUUUGACUUAUUUUCCAGGCACCCAUAUACGUCAGACUUCGGUACAACAAAGGCAAAAAAUUCUAGUGAUUUUCAAGUAUUGGGGACCUGUGUGGGAGUGCUAGUGGGAAUUUGAGAAAUACAUUUAUGGUUUUUUUUUUUUUAUAACGAUACCAAAAAGCAUUUUUUUUUUUAAACCGUGGGUGUAACCCUUUUUCAGUAGAAGGAUAAGUCUUGUUGAAAUAACAGAAAAGAAGGGGGCAAAGCCGGGCGUGGUGGCUCAGGAAUGCUGAGAUGGGAGGAUCGUUGCGAGUUGGAGACCAGCCUGGGCUACAAAGUGAGCUCAAGGGAGAAAGAGAGAGCGUGAAAGAGAGAGGAUGUCUCUCUCAGACUGGCACCUGGCGGUGAAGCUGGCUGACCAGCCUCUUGCCCCUAAAUCUAUUCUUCAGUUACCAGAGACAGAGCUGGGAGAGUACUCACUAGGAAGCUAUAGCAUUUCAUUUCUGAAGCAGCUCAUUGCUGGCAAACUCCAGGAAUCUGUUCCAGACCCGGAGCUGAUUGAUCUGAUCUACUGUGGCCGCAAGCUAAAAGAUGACCAGACACUUGACUUCUAUGGCAUUCAGCCAGGGUCCACAGUCCACGUUCUGCGCAAGUCUUGGCCUGAGCCUGACCAGAAACCAGAACCGGUGGACAAAGUGGCCGCCCAGAGGGAGUUCCGGGUGCUGCACACUGCCCUGCACAGCAGCUCCUCCUACAGGGAAGCGGUCUUUAAGAUGCUCAGUAAUAAGGAGUCUCUGGACCAGAUCAUUGUGGCCACUCCAGGCCUCAGCAGUGACCCCAUCGCUUUAGGAGUUCUCCAGGACAAGGAUCUCUUUUCUGUCUUUGCUGAUCCCAACAUGCUAGAUACAUUGGUGCCUGCUCAUCCAGCCCUGGUCAAUGCCAUCAUUCUGGUUCUGCACUCAGUAGCAGGCAGCACCCCAAUGCCUGGUGCUGACGCCUCUUCUCGGAGCAUGCCUUCUGGCUCCUACCGGGAUAUGCCAGGUGGCUUCCUGUUUGAAGGGCUUUCAGAUGAUGAGGAAGACUUUCACCCGAGCACCCGGUCUACACCCUCUAGCAGUACCCCCAGCUCGCGCCCAGCAUCCCUGGGGUACAGCGGAGCUGCUGGGCCCAGGCCCAUCACCCAGAGCGAGCUGGCCACUGCCCUGGCCCUGGCCAGCACUCCGGAGAGCAGCUCUCACACACCAACUCCUGGCACUCAGGGCCAUUCCUCAGGCACCUCACCAAUGUCCUCUGGAGUCCAAUCAGGGACACCCAUCACCAACGAUCUCUUCAGCCAAGCCCUCCAGCAUGCCCUGCAGGCCUCUGGACAGCCCAACCUCCAGAGCCAGUGGCAGCCCCAGCUGCAGCAGCUGCGGGACAUGGGCAUCCAGGAUGACGAGCUGAGCCUGCGGGCCCUGCAGGCCACUGGAGGGGACAUCCAAGCUGCUCUGGAGCUCAUCUUUGCUGGAGGCGCCCCAUGAGUUCCCUGUUCCUCUUGUUCCACUGGUUAGGGGCCCUCCUGAAGGUGCCUCUACAUCCCCUGCCAAUAUACUCAGUGAUCAGCUCUCUUGCUUUGUCUAGUGCUUGGUCUUUCUGGCUACACUGAGCUGAUGGUGGCAGUGGGCAAGCAAGGUGUGCAGUCUUGGUUCCAGCCCGGGAUAGAGGCUUUUAGACCCAUGUCAUGAGAUGCUGUGUGACACUUACGCUCACCCCUGGGACAGGUGUCCUAUGAUAACCCUUGGAUUCUUCAGUGCUUUGGGAUUUGGCCAUCUCAGGAUAUGCCCAGGGAGGCUUGGGCUUCUGAGAUGCCCCCAGUUGAGGCCAGGUGGACAUUCAAGAAGAACAGAAAAGCCUUCUACGAAGCUCCUUGUCCGUGCCCUGGCCUUGAUUUACCAAGCAUCCUUUGCUGUCUGUUCUGUAAAGAUGCCAGAAUCCUGGCUUCAGAGCUGUUCGAGGCUGGGCCCUCUGUGUCCUGAACACAUAAAUACAAGAGCAAUUAAAUAACAAUGCUGACAUCAACA